AUCAGAUGUUUACGAAUAUGGUUGGUUUUCGUGAAUUUGGACAUUUGAAGCUUGGUGAAUUUCCCACUUUAAAAGAAAAUAUUUGGAAUGGCAAAGUUCCAAUUGAUUUAUUCUACAAUUUGAAGUCGCUAGUGCUAGAUGGGCUUUCUGAUGUUGCAACUACUAUUCCAUCCAAUGUGUUAAGCUACUUCAAAAAUGUGGAAACGAUAGAGGUAAAAGGUUGUGAUUCCCUGAAAAAGGUGUUUGAUAUGGAAGAGCAACUAGAUUAUGUUGAUGGACAUACAACGAAGGGAAGUCAUCAUGAAAUUUUGGGCCUCAAAAAUCUGAAAUCAUUGAAAGUUGAUAACUGCAACAACUUGAGAUAUAUAUUUACUGCAUCUUUUGUCUCGAGCCUUGUGCAACUCGAACAGAUAGAAAUAAAACGUUGUGCUUUGGUUGAAGAAAUCAUUACCAAAAAAGGGGAAAAGAAUGUGGUCAUUGAUAAAAUUGAAAUCCCUCUAUUGAAGUCCAUUAAUCUUGAGUCUUUACCAAGCUUGACAAGCUUCUAUUCAGGAAGUAAUAUUUUGGAAUGUCCUCCCCUGAAAACCAUCAUCAUAAAAGGCUGUCAGAAUAUACAUUUGAAGGACUUCAGCCUCCAUUUUCCAUCCCUUUUCAGUGAAAAUGUUGUGUUUCCUACCAUGGACGACUUAACUUUAUCCUCAACCAUCACUGAGUGGAUAUGGCAGAGCCAACUGCCAGCAACAUCUUCUUGCUUUGAAAAGUUAAAAAUCUUGGUCAUCGAUGGCUUUGAUCAUUUAAAUUAUUUUUUCUCUUCUUCAAUGGUCAAAAGCCUUUUCGAAUUGAAGGAGCUUGAGAUAUCCAAUUGUAAGUUGAUAGAAGGAAUUAUAGUUGAAGAUGAAGAGAGGACGAAUACAGUGCUGUUUCCUAAAUUAUACCAGCUGAAGCUUAGAGAUCUUCCAAAACUCACAACAUUCUGCAGCUCCACUGGAAAUUUUGUUGAAUUGUCCUCCUUAUUCAGAUUGUGGAUUGACAAUUGUCCUGGUAUGAAAUCAUUUGUCUCCAUUUCUAUAUGGAGUGACAUGACAUCAACCAAGAAACUUGAAUCGACGAACUCCAAUGAGAACCUCCACCCUCACAUGCAAUCUCUUUUUGAUAAAAAGGUAAGGCUCCCUUGUUUGGAGAGAUUGCAAAUCAGUUAUGCUGAUGAAUUGGUAAAAAUAUGGGACGAUCAGGUCUCUUUGGAUUGCUUCAGCAGUUUAAAUCGUGUGUUUGUACGGUUUUGUAAAAAACUUGUAAAUGUUUUUCCACCUAACAUGCUUGGGAGACGCCAAGAACUAGAGUGCCUGGAUGUACAAAAUUGUGAUUCAGUUGAAGAGAUAUUUGAAGUGCUUGAGAAAAGAUCUGGCAUGGAGGAAACUGUUGCCAAUGAAGAAGCAGGUCAAAGAUUUGUGUUCUCCAAAUUAACAAACUUGUAUCUAAGAUGCCUUCCAAGUCUCAAAAGUCUUUACCCAAAAAAACAUAUUUCAGAAUGGCCGGUUUUAGACAAGUUGAAGGUACAUGGAUGUAACAAUGUGGAGACUUUGGCUUCAGAAUUUCUGAGCAUCAGAGGGACUCAUGGACAGAGUCAAAAUGGGAACCCAAAUAAAAAACCACUGUUCUUGGUUUACAAGGAUGCAUUCCCUAGAUUGGAAGAGCUUGAGUUAUGUGAAAUGCCCAGAUUGUUGCAUCUAUGGAGAGGAAAUCCUCAACCUAACAGUGCUUUUCCAAAUCUGAAGACUCUAAAACUAUCAGAAUGUGGCAGUUUAGAUAAUUCAUGGUCAUCAUCGGUAUCUUUCCAAAAUUUGGAGAGUUUGCAAGUAUCAAAGUGUGAUGGAUUGAGAUAUUUACUAAGCCUCUCAAAAGCUAAAACUUUGAAGUGGCUUACAAGUAUGAAUAUAUCUGAGUGCAAAAUGAUGGAUCAAAUUAUAUCCAAUCUGGAAGGUGAAAUGGUGGAGGAUUCAAUCGCUUUCAACUAUUUGAAUAAUUUGGAAAUUCAUUGUUUACCAAGCCUUACAAGCUUUUGUGGUGGAGAUAUUAGUCUUGAUUUUCCAUCAUUGAGAAAAGUAAUUGUCAAACAAUGCUUGAAGAUGGAGACUUUUUCUCUUGGAGUUUUAAGCACCCCAAAGCUACAAACAUUACAAUUGAUAGAAGGAGAGGGUGAAGUUGAAGAAUGUGGGGAAGGCAACCCUGAACUUAAUUCUGCCAUACAGAAACUAUUCAAUAAAAGGAAUGUGCAGAGUUCUAAGGAAGAUUAA